GGUUCGAAACCUGAAAAAAAUAAAACAAUUGGUUCCUUAUUUUUAAAAGAUCAAAACAAUAAUCAAAAGUUACGCAGGGUUGCUUCUGCUCCCAAUACUAAAGCUUUGAACGAUGCCAAUCUUGGAAAUUCGCAAUAUCAAUUUUACGGAAAUUCCAACGAGAAUAAUAACGUAAAAUUGUCUGUUCCAGUUAGGCCUGUAUCUGAAAUAAAACGGUCUGGGACUUUCAAACGAACUUAUUCGUCAAAUUCGAUCAAGAUCAAGAGGGUUGAAGUCGGUCCUAGUAGUUUCCAGAAGAUUAAAUUAUUGGGAAAGGGUGAUGUUGGAAAAGUGUACUUAGUAAGAGAGAAAAAGACAGGCAAACUUUAUGCAAUGAAAGUUUUAUCAAAAAAGGAAAUGAUCAAGCGAAACAAAAUCAAACGUGCGCUUGCUGAACAGGAAAUUCUGGCUACAUCAAAUCAUCCAUUUAUUGUCACACUAUAUCAUUCUUUCCAAAGUGUAGACUAUUUAUAUUUAUGCAUGGAAUACUGCAUGGGAGGAGAAUUCUUUCGUGCAUUGCAAACACGGCCAGGGAAAUGCUUACCGGAAGAAGAUGCAAAGUUUUAUGCUGCUGAAGUAAUUGCUGCAUUAGAAUAUUUGCACUUAAUGGGUUUUAUUUAUCGUGAUUUGAAACCUGAAAAUUUUGAUCUUUCAAAACAAUCCCAUCCAGCAAAUAUGCCGGGAAUUGUUAAAAAUAGCUCUGGAAAUUCUCCGCCAACAAUAGAUACAAAAUCAUGUAUUGCUCAUCUUCGAACAAAUUCUUUUGUUGGAACUGAGGAGUACAUUGCUCCAGAAGUGAUUAAAGGCUGUGGGCACACAAGUGCUGUUGACUGGUGGACACUUGGGAUCCUAAUAUACGAAAUGCUGUACGGAUUCACUCCUUUUAAAGGUCAGAAUCGAAAUGCUACUUUUUCUAAUAUAUUGAAAAAUGAUGUAUGUUUUCCGGAAACAGGGGGGGCACAAACGGUAACAAGUCUUUGUAAAGGAUUAAUCCGUAAAUUGCUGUGUAAGGAUGAAAAUCGACGACUUGGAUCUAAAGCUGGUGCAUCUGAUGUUAAAGCACAUCCUUUCUUUAAGAGCACGCAAUGGGCUUUACUGAGGCAUGCAACUCCGCCAAUUGUACCUCAACAAAGUUUCGGUACUGAUGCUAUAAACUUCCGGAAUAUUCAAGAAAGCGUUAGUUUAGAUAUGGAAGGGGAGAAAGUCGUGGUUAAUGUUAGUG